UUAAGAAGUUUCUUUCCCACUAAAAGGAAAAAAAUAUACUCCAUAAUAUGGACCAACAAGACUCUCUACCGUCUUCAUCUCGCCGGCAACGGCAAACACCGCCGCCGGAGAAACGACGCCGUGCCAAAUCUAUCGGUUGCAUGUCCGGAAUCUUUCAACUCAUCUCCAAAUACCAAAACAAAACCAAACGCAUCACAUCAGGCAAAAAGAGAGGAAAAGGCAGUGAGGAGCCAUCUCCGGCGGCGGCGGCGGCGUCUCCGGUGAGAGUGAUGACACGAGAUGGUCAAAGGGAAGUCAGAAUAGAAAGAAGCCCGGCGCUGCCGCCGGAGAUCCGCCGGGAAAACGUCAAAGUCCGGCCGGCAUUGGUGGAGAGGCUGAUGGGGUUGGAGGAGAAACCGGCGGCGGCGGAAGGGGAGUGGCUGGUAACGACGGAGGAGAAGAGAAAGAUGCUGCUCCAAGCCAUAGAGAAGUGUAACCAAGACUUGGAGGCGCUUAAGAAUAUUAUAAAGUCGGUGCAAUCGUCACCGGCGAAACCGCCGUCGGGCGCCGUGUUGGACGACCGGGCGAUGAUAACACGUUCCCCGACUUUGGGCAGAAUUCACAGUAGUAACGGUUACAUUGUGCAACAGAGUAGGAACAAGGUAGCCAUGGAUGAGAGCAUGAACUCCGUUAUCAAGAAAUUCAAAACAUGUUCUUUCCAAACAAACCGCGAGGGGGGGUUUGUAUCAUCAUCUUCUCCGGUAAUGCAGCGCAGCAGAGAAAUGGCCGAGAGUGUAGAGGAAGCGUGCAGUGACAUAGCUUGCGGCGAGCAUGGAGAGGCUAGAAAGAUUGGAGCGGCUUUACAAGAAGGUAUAUGCACAGACUUGAUCCAUGAGGUUGUGAAAGACUUGGGACACUCUCCAUGCAAGCUUUCCCUCCCCUUUGAUGGAUGUAGAAGAAGGCUUUGUCUCUAGAAACACAAACUCAGAUCAGGCCAAAAUUUGUUUGUGGUGUUUCCUUUUUCUUUGCUGCACUGCUGCCACUCAUUGUUUGUUAGACAAGAGUAUCUGUAAACAUACAAUAACAUUAUAGUUUCUUGAUUGGCAUAGUUUCUGGUGUGAGAUUUUACUGAGUUUGUUGUUGUGUGCUGAAAAGAACUUUUUUUUACCUCUUUUUUUUAAUAAACUUAAACCUUUACCAGCAAUUCAAUAUAUCCUCAAUUUCAGCGGUACUUUCUGGCAAAUUUUGCAAAUUCCAGUGGCUUAAUGAAAAUAAGUUCCAUAUAUUUUGGAAAAAGGGGCUAAAGUGCCAAAGAAUGAAAGAAUAUUUCUAACGGGACAAUGGACUAAGGGACUAAAAAUGCAUUUUACCCGUAAUCCAUUAGACUCCGGGGCAGUGGUGGCAGGCCCUCUAAGGUGGGUUUCCGUGAUCUGAAAUCACACCUUUGAACUCUGAACCUGGUGCAUUAUAUAUUAUAUAGGCAUGAAGUGAAGUUUGAAACUCAAAAUAAGUUGGUGGGAGAUUAAUAGAAUUCGGAGAGAGUUGGAAAUCCUAUGAGGCUUUGCUCCAUAAAUAGCUUCAAGGUGUGUGCACCCAAGCAGACCCAUAUGCAUUGCAUCAUGUCCUUGUCUGUAACGACUGGAACAUGGGAAGAAGAGUAAGGUAAAGUAUAACUCAAAGUGUAGCUGAAAUGGCCGAUUUAUCAGAGAAAAAAACAGUUACAGAGCAAUAAAAAUGCACAUUUUGUUAACAAAACAACGAAAGUAUUACGUAGUAUAUCAAAGCGGAGGUUAAUUAGCAAUUUCCAGUCGUUUUAUGAAUCUUAGUCGAAGGAGUAUAUUAUGCACCAUUUUGUUUCAUUAUUGAUGAAUUCUGUCCACAAUGGAAACGGCCUCCCUACUUCCGAGUAGGGGCAAGGUCUGCGUACACACACCCUCCCCAGACCCUACUGUUGUGGGAUUCACCUGGGUUGUUGUUGUUGUUGUUGUUGUUCUGUCCACAAUCCACACAAAACAACUAUGCAAUUGUUUUGCAAAGACUAUGGUUGAUAAGAUAAUUACUGAAAGGCCCAAACAUAGGGCCUCUAAAUGAGCACUUUGUUUAAGACUGAAAUUUGAAACUGAUUCUUAUGCACGUUCUUUUAUGAGCAAAAGGGUAAAUAACUUGGAAUUUGAAAGGUGAAAAUGAUAACUCGUGAAAAAAGAUCGUAUCUUGGCUAAACAUUAAUAGCAGCAUGUCUAUUACUCCCUCCGUCCCGAAAUGUUCUUCUCAUUUGACUUUUUACGGUCUCCAAGAUUGUACUUUGACCACUAAUAUCUUUAUUUAUGCAUAGAUAUACUUUAUAAAAAUUUGAUAUUUGAAAACUAUAUUUCAAAAUGAAUAUGUUCAUAUUAA